GAGAGAGAGAGAGAGGGAAAAAAACCUUCUUUUCUCCGUGUCGCUUAGCAGACCAGUCUUCCAGCCAAUGACGGCGACUUAGCGAGUGACUUUCUCCAGCCAAUGGGGUAACGACAUCUCCGAAACGCGAGUCCAAGUUCUGAGUUUGCUCUGUGUCUUGACAGAUAGGCUCCGGCUUGGCCCCGCCCCCCCCCCCUUUUUCCAGAAGUCGCGCAUCUCUAAAAAGCCUUUCCUCCACGUGCCUAACCCCCGUCUAGUCGCCAAGGAUAGGUACGAGAGAGGACAGUCUUCAGACAAUUUCUUCCGAUUCAGUGUCUCUGUGCCGCUCGGUUGGGCUUAAGGCUUCUCUCCCCUACCCCACUCCAGUGCUUUUUUAAGGACCAGUGGAUACGCUCAACAGAAUCAAAGGAGUUCUUCGCCCGCUCGGAGACGGACGUCUUUCGCUAACAGUAACUGACUCCCGACAAUACAGGUCCAUCAUAGAUUACUGUGCCGUAUCUACGGUUGCUCAGUGUGGUAGUAAAGAUAUCGGACUUAUUAAAUGAUGACAUAAGUGUGAUAGCCAGGGUUCGAGAGUCUUUCUAGACUUGUGCAUAAACAACAGAUUCGAUAGGAUAGGCUAGUGAUUAUAAAGAUCUAAUAAUCAAGAGCGUUGUGCCCACUUCUCGCCUCUGUUCAGCCCGAGACACCCAUAAAAAAAAGGAUAUUUCAAGUCUAGUUCUAGACAUUCUGUUGUUUAAUGUUUUGGAAGGUCAAUUGCAUUGACACCACUACGGAUAGACUUGUACUCUCUGCACUGCACUCCUGGAGUUAGGAUGCAGUCUCCCUGUGCGAGUGUGGACACUUCAUUACUCCUGCGAGACAUCCUGCACCACAAGGAGACACACUUCAACAGCCAGCUUAAAGAUAGCGACAGCGCCAAGGACAGCAUCUACAGCAGCGACUGUAAUAGCGAGAUGAUCUCGCCCCUCCUGCACAGCAAAUCUAGCGACAUGGCCUACAGCGCCAGGGACAACAACGAUCUGGAUAAUGAGGACACUGAGCUCGCCAACGACAACAACUCCUCCGUUAACGACGAGGACCAGUCCGACGAUCUGGACGAUCGCUCCCUGGACGCCUCGGCGAACGAGGACGUGCUCAAGCUUGACGGGAGAGAGCUCAGCCAGGUGGAGACUAAAGAGGCCAAACGCGCCAACGUUGACAAACUUUUAACAGGCCACAGACUAUCCCCACACAAUAACGCAAUAGACUCUUGCGCCGGGAUCAUGAUGGCGGAUAUGAAGAGGCAGAAACGAAAGCAGCCCCAGCCUCAGCAACAUGACGCCAGCGUAUUGCCAUUUGAAGAGGUUCAUAUAAGGAGGCAAAUCCAAAAGCUGGAAGAACAGCUUGAGGCUAUGAAGAGGAAAAGUGACGAGGAGCUGUGCCUCAACGACGACGAUCUCACAGAGGAAGAAGUUGAUGUGGAAAUGAAGACCAAGAGAUCCAGUCCGGUCAACGUUGAGGUCAAGCGACCCAGGCUUGAGGUCAUUACUAAGCCCACCUCCCCGCGCCAGGAAAACGGCUACGACUACAACAACCGCUUGUCACCAGGAAGUGAUGUCGGAAAGCGCCAAAAAAGGAAACAGACCCAACCACAGCAACACGAUAACGCUAAAGUCAUCGAGGGCAGCAGAGAGCCCGUAGCACAUUAUAAGCAUAACAAUAAUAACAGCAUGCUCAUCAAAAACUUGAGCCUCGGCGAGGAUGUUCCUAGUCUCGAGGACAAUGUCGCCGAGGUCAAUCCACUUCGAAUGUUAGGGGGUGAUAGCUUUUUCAGGCCUAGCUUAUAUCGCGGACUUUCGGAGAAAGACUUAUUUCCCCGUUUUUAUCCACAGUCGCAUAGGGACAAUUUUUUUAGUACAAAUUUUUUUAUGCGGCCAGAUUUGGACCACAUUUCUGCGAUGAGGAACGUUUCUAAAUCUUUGCAAGCAAGACAAGAUAACGUGAACUCUGCGCCGGAAGUGCAACCCAAAUCUCCUCCAGUAGAUAUCACCAAAAUAGCCAAUGCCAUAAAAGCGGAAGUGACUCAAGCUCUUAGCAAAGCUAUUGAUAGCGCAGUCACCAAAGUGUUCAAUGAAAAACAGGCCGCCAGCUCAGAACCUUCCGCCACAACGGAGUCCAUGACUCCACAGCAGCACACAGAUAGACACCAGCACCAAUCCAGCCAACAACAGCAGCAGCAACAGUUACAACAGCAGCAACAGCAGCAAAAUUUGAAGCACCACCAGUCGCCCGGACUCUUUCCCAACUUUAUGCACCCUCACCACCAACCCGUUCAUCAACCACACUUGUCGCAGCCUCACCAGCAGCAGACGCCUCACCGGCCACUUUCAGUCAGCACCCCUUCAGAGCGUGAAGCUUUAAAAGAGACAGUGAACAAUGCGCAGAUCGAAAAGAAGCUGGAGCUUAACGUGCCUUUUAUCGACCACAUUCAUUUCCUGGAGAGGUUCGGAAAGAUGCAGCAAGAGAAGAGCGCCUUCGAGCCCAUUUCAAAAACGGAGAGCGACCUCAUCACCCCAUACCCCGCACCCGCCCUCCCAUUCCACCCGCACUUCCAAUAUUAUCUCCCACACCAAGCGUUGACGCCCAUGUACCCGGUGGAGCCGGAACAGAAUGAGCCCUUGCCCUUGAUUGUGAACACGCCAAAGAAAAAGCGCACAAAGGUGACGGACACGAGGCUGAACUCGCCUAGGGGAAAACCCGGGGUGCUGCAAGACAACACCGCUAGUUCCAGCAUGGACCACGCGGACGCCCAGAGACAUUUAUCUUUUCAACACUUUCUUCCCCCAGUGCUUCCAACCAGCGUGGCCAUCACCAACCCAUCGCUGAGUCACACGGACCUUCUCAAUGCGCUCCGGCUUCGGGAUGCGUCUUACGGGGAUUCCCGCAUUCCUAGCCCACAGGAACACUCCAGGAGUUCCCCGAGAUCGGCUAGCGAGUCUCCACACUUUAUAAAUGACAGUUACCGCAUGAGCAUGUCCGGCGACCUCAUGGAUGGCAACAGCCCUGGCAGUUCACACAUGACCUCAACUUUGACCCCGAUGCACCUACGGAAAGCCAAGUUGAUGUUUUUCUACACCCGCUACCCCAGCUCGUCGAUCCUCAAAAUGUACUUCCCAGACGUCAUGUUCAACAAAAACAACACAGCCCAGUUGGUCAAGUGGUUCUCAAACUUUAGGGAGUUCUUCUACAUUCAGAUGGAGAAAUACGCCCGACAGGCGCUGGCCGAGGGCUGCAAGCACGCCGAGGACCUGGUGGUGACCACCGACUCGGAGUUGUUCCGCCAUCUCAACCUCCACUACAACCGGAAUAAUCAGAUAGAGGUUCCAAUGAACUUUUUAGCAGCUGUCCAGGCGGCAUUGAAAGAAUUCUUCAAGUCCAUACAGUCCAGCAAGGACGCAGAGCCAUCUUGGAAGAAGGCCAUCUACAAGGUCAUUGCCAGGAUGGACGAAACCUUGCCGGACUUUUUCAAAUCUCCCAACUGGAUGGAGCAGUUAGGUGAUCAGUAAACCCUUUCUUGGAACUCGGAAUUCCUUGUUUAUGAGAAUGCUCCCUAAGGCUGAAUCGAUGUUCCUUGCUCCUAACCAAUACACAUCUUGACAAGAACAUCGUGAUGUCAGAAGAUGUAUUAGGACAGUAAUUAGAGAACAAUACUAAAUAUGAACUGCACAACACGGAUGUUGUUAUGAAUGACUAAAACCUCAGCCGAAAAAAAAACACUUAAAGAGUCGAAAUGUUGCUUUGAGUAAGAACUGCUGGCUAACAACAGACUCAAUGAUUAUAGGACAAGACAUGUCUCUCUAAUAACCCAGGCUCAAAAAACACCAUGAGAUGCGAUUUCUAAACAAAAAACUAAUCGACACACGAUUUUAGAGGGAAGAAAAUAAAGACAUUAUUGAGUUUGGGAAAAAAAACAAAGGUGCAAGUCAAAGUAGGUUUUUUGGAGUGUAUGUUGGUGAGAGAGAGAGAAAGAGAAAAUCCUUUAAUGUGAAUACAUGGAAUAUAUGUACAGAAUCACAAUGAUGCUUUACUUUUUAAAUGUAAUGUCUGUACAUAAUCAAGCCCCCAGAGAGAGAGAGAGGGAUGAUAGAGUGAGAGAGAGAGAGAGAGAUUUGAUAUGUAUAUCAUUGAAAGCAAUAUACUAUUGAUGACCAGUGGUCAGUACUAGCCUGUAGUCAUUGCUCAAACCCCACCCAAGCAAGAACUAUCUAGUCUGAAUUGAUAUUAUAUACUAUACACAUGUACAAUGUACAUAUACGCUUUUAUUCAAACACACGUACACACAAAUCAAAUGCAAUUCUUUUGUACACUUCGUAUUUUUGGUGUACAUCAUUCUCUCCCCUAGUUUGCACACUCCAUGUUGGAUAUUAUUUUUAUCAACCAAUCAAAGUGUUAUAUCUAAAUCUACGUUUUGUGCAUUGGGUGAGCCAAUCAAAAAGACUUUAAUAUACUUUUUUUUUCUUCAAAUAUAAAUGUAACAACUGUACCUUCCUAUUUCUUCCUAAUAUUUAUUGGAAGACACACUUUAUUAGUUUUAACGACACAUUCGCAUAUAACGACACAUUUAAUACAUCAACAAACAGAUUCACUUUUGUAUAUUCAAUAUGUUUUAAGCGAUAGCAUGAGGAGAAACUGAGUCGAUGACGCCCUAUCUACGAGCCGCGGACCACAUCCGGCCCAUUAAUAGGGUCGGUUCCAUUUUGGGCUCGACUCGACGCGUGAUACAUUUGUCGGGAAUGUACAUGACCCCUCAGCCAACAAGGUUGUCCACCAAUAAUUUAUAUUAUCACACAACUCCUAUUGUCAUUACAGUUUAUUAUAUAAAUGAUUUCGGCUCUACGAGUGACAAUAUUUUAUUAGAGCUAUCAAAAUAAUGAGUUUCAGAUUCAAAAGCCCAUUUAUUCUAGAAGCUGAUUGUUUUAAACUAUCAUUAUAUAUUCGUCAUUUUUUCAUGUCCUUCCUUUUAAAAAAAAAAAAUUCCCGCCAACUAGUCUAAUUCCAGUCAAUAUUAAUAUGUUCCGGAGAAUAUUUUUUUUUACUUGAACUUACACUCCAACUUUUACCUGGCACAAACAAUUCAACUUUACUCUUUACGAGUUUUUUGUUGCCCAGUUGUAUUAUUCUUUAAUGAAUGCGUAGUCUUGUCCGUUUUUCUAGUCAUUUCAUCGGGUUCACGCCUAUUGGCACGGAUAUUCGGGUUUACAUUGGCUUUUUUUUGUUUGUUCUUGUUGUUUAUGUUUGUUUUUAAAAAAAUCAUCAUUCAUUUCCAUUUGUAUCUAAGCAUUUACCAAACAUUGCUUGUACAUAGACCCUUCACUCUACCUAGUGUCAUGUUGUUAACAAUCGUUUUGUAUGUUGACCGUGUCAUUUUAAUGUUCAUUAUAACUUUUUCUAAUAACAUGAACUUGAGAAUACAACAGCAAAAAAAAAUAAAUAAAUAAAAAGUUCAAUUUUGUGUGUUAGUGUGUGAAUGUAUGUGUGUGUGUGUGUUUAACUUACAUGUAUGAAUAGACUUGAAUUCUUAUAAAUCAUUCAUUUAAUUCAAUCGAUCACAUUCAAUAUACUUUCUUAUGUUAUGGUUAUAUCGCAGACUUAUAUAUAUAUAUAUGUUGUUAUUUGACUUUGAUGUUAUAUUUAUGAACAUAAGUGUUGCUAGCCAAAUAAAAGUAGAUUGAAAGUGUUUAAAAAGUGCAAUAUUAGUCGAAGUCAAUAAAACACCCGGCAUUCUCACGGUCCGGAACUUUGACUCUCAGUGUUAGGGACACCCCUAUCCCCUCCCCCCCCCUCUUCAGUUUUAACCUUUUAAAAUAAAGAAAUAUAUUUUUUAAAAUAAUGUGCUCUUUUAUAGUUCUACUCACUACGACUAGUUCACUCGCGAAAUGGAAUGGUCAAAUGUAGGUCACUGUGUUUGAGUGUGUAAUUAAAGUAUUUUUAUUUUUCAAACACACAAUGUGUGUAUAUGUGUGUGUGUGUUUACGUGUGAGAGCUAUAGGAGGAAGUGGACAUUAAGUGAAUGAAUCUAGCCGAUGUUUCUGAUGUCUAAACAAAUGUUGCACUAAAUUGUUGGGUUUUUUUUUCAUUCCAUCACAUUUGUGAGAAAGUCACAGCUCGUAGCCUGGAAGUUAUAUUCUAUUAGGUCUUGGUUCAACAAACCAUAAGUGUUUGCAGGGAGGGGGAGUGUGUCAUGUCAAUACCAAGUGUCAGACAAUAGUAAGUGAGGUGUCAGUGCUAUGUGUACUGUUAAGUAUGACAGACUCAACAUUGUCAGGGCGUGACAUCAUUUGCACUAUUGAAAAACUUUCCUGAGAGAGGGGCGGGGUGGGGGCAGAGGAAGAGUGAGAGAGAGGGAGAUUUGAGUGAGCGGGAAUGGUUGUGGGGGGGGGGGGAGUAAGAAAGACUUUGUUUGGACAAGAGCAAUGUAUAGAUAUGUAAUGCACGUGAGUAUCGACACCCACUGGCACUAGUGUGCUUGUAUGUCAAUAACAUGGGUACUUCUAGUCAAUGAUUUUAACGGAGCAUCCACUUUUUACAUAGCACAUUGUCCCGUCAAUAAUCCAAGGGCUGAGGCACUCUUUUGUGAAUUAUGAUAUUACGUGUAUUUAUUGUUCCACAAAAUUCCAGUUCAUUCUUUUUGAGUCCAUAUAUCUAUCUAUCUCUAUUUCCAUGAAAAGUUCCCUAACAUUCCUCCUUGUUUUCAAUUUCUGUUCUGAUUUGUUAUUUAAGUUACUCAUUACUUUUAUUUUUUAAAGUAAUAUAUAGUACUGAGUAUUUCACAUUCCCCUUGUGUGUGAUUUUUUUUUUAAAUUCUAUGAACAUUUCUUAACUGUCUAACAAACCAACACUUUCAUUAAUUUUGGAACUGAAACGAUUCCCAACACAUUCCAUUAUAUUAGUUGCUGUGGGUGCACCUGUGCGGAGGUACGUAGAUCUAUACACUAAAACGAAACAAAGAAAUGAUUCUAAUCUGGUCACUAAGAUUUGCAUAAAAUGUUAAUAUUUUUGUACACCUUGAAUUGAUUUUAAAACUAUGCUUCACACUGAUGACGCCUGGUUUAAAAUGUUGAGUUUACAAAAUAUUUAUUUAAACUUUUAUUUAUUCCCUUUUUAAAAAAUAUUUCUUCCGUUAAUCUUGAUUACGAUUUUUAUUUAUUUUGAAGUAAUAUAUUCAUCGUUGCACUCCCUGUUCGGUGUUUUAAAACAAAUAUUAGCGAACAGUUUUUUUGUUGUGUUUUUUGUUCGAACUAUUCGAGGCACGUUUUGUAAUCACCGAUGGACCUCGAGUUAUUUUUUUGUUCUUUUGUUGUUCUAAAUGCUAAUUUAUUCUUAACAUCUUGUUAAAUAACUGACUUAUUGAAAUGGUUGGAUCUGAUGUAAAUGCUGAUUGUUGGAUAGUCUUCUCUUUGAUUUCAUAUUUUCAGGGAUACGUGUUGUCUGGAUGUUUGUCACUGGUCGCGACUAAUAGAAAUAUCCGUUCCUCCUCUUUAUAUAUAGUUAUCUUUGACAUCGUGUACGGGCGUGUACAUGUUUUACUGAGUGAAAGUUUUUUAUAUUGAUAUCUGUUUUUUUUUUUCUGACUUUGUAUAAGACUCUACGCAUAAUUUCACUCUGUAUUAUUGUAGUCACGAUGUAAGCAAUGUCUUUUUUUUUAAUGGACUUUUACGUACACCUAUCUUAUAUGUUUAGUCAAAUAUGAUGUAAGUAUAAUGUAAAGUACAAAUAUGUAUUAAUUUGAAGGAUUAUUUUGUGUCUGUUGAGGUCAUGUCGUCGUACAUGGCUUAUGUAAUAUAUAUAAAUAUAACUUUAACUUUAUAUAUAUAUAUAUAUACUUAUACACACAAGUCAAACCUCGUUUUGACGUCUUUUAAAUUAAUCAUUCACACGCCCUUUUCUGGGCCGAUGUUCAAUGUUCAACUUUGCCCUUUCUACCCCCGAAGACGUUUGGCGUGGAAGAAUGUCUUUGUAUUAUUAUUAUUUUUUUAAUUUGACAAAAUAUUUCUUCCUUACCCGUAUUCGUUUGGUCUAUACCCCUAGUGACCUAGCCCUUCGGCUACUAAACAACUGAUGCCUUCAUAACUGCAGCCAAACUGUUUGGACCGAUAAAAUUAUCCUAACUUUAAGUGGUCACACGCUUAGUCAAUGCAGAAAGCUAAAGUAAAUAAGAACUCAGCUAGAGAGUUCAGUGGUUCUAUAAAAAAUCAACAUUCAAGACAUACUAAGAUGUAAUUGUGACGUAUGGUGUUGUCAUGUUCCAAAGUUACAAACAAAAUGAUUAAAAUGUCAUACUAGGGUGUACAGUUUCUUAUAUUCAUGCAUGUCAUUAUAUUAUCUUCUUUUAAGUAUUCGUGUGCAUAUUAUAUAUUCUUCUUGUGGUCAUUAAGCCUAGUAGAUAUGUUGACCCCUGUGUUGUCGGCGUGCAAGCCAAGAAGGACGUUAGUCCCUUGACUGGUGUUGACAAUACUUUGUGGAAACAUUGGACUAAGCUAGAUGGCCCCAUCACGGACCUCUGUGAAAUCCCUAUGAAUAAAUGAUGAACUUCUAUAUAUAUACAUAUUAUAACCAUUUUAUCAAUCAAUAGAAUCAAAUUAAACUUUGUCGCUUUUUUAAACGCUCUCACAA